GCCCCCCCUCACCCAGCGGAGCGGCAAGAUGGCGGCGGCGGGCGGCGGCGCGGGGGCCGCGGCGGAGCCGGGCUGGGAAGUAGCGGUGCGGCCGCUGCUCUCCGCUUCCUACUCGGCCUUCGAGAUGAAGGAGCUCCCUCAGCUGCUCGCCUCGGUUAUCGAGAGCGAGUCUGAGAUCCUGCACCACGACAAGCAGUAUGAGCCCUUCUACUCCUCCUUUGUUGCACUUUCUACACAUUACAUCACUACUGUGUGUGGUCUCAUCCCCAGGAACCAGCUGCAGUCGGUGGCGGCGGCGUGCAAGGUCCUGAUCGAGUUCUCGCUGCUGCGCCUGGAGAACCCCGAUGAAGCUUGUGCUGUGUCACAGAAACAUCUCAUCCUGCUGAUCAAGGGGCUGUGCACGGGCUGCAGCCGCCUGGACCGCACCGAGAUCAUCACCUUCACAGCCAUGAUGAAGUCAGCCAAGCUGCCUCAGACUGUCAAAACCCUCUCUGAUGUAGAGGAUCAGAAGGAGCUGGCCUCCCCAGUGAGCCCAGAGCUGAGGCAGAAAGAAGUGCAGAUGAACUUCCUCAAUCAGCUGACAUCAGUCUUUAACCCUAGAGUCUCAUCAUCACCAUCUAUCAUGUCAGAGGCACAGGUGGAAGGAGAAAGUGAGGAUCAAGCUUCCACAGAUCAAAGCUCUGCAGCAAAGACCAAAAGCAUAUUCAUUGCUCAGAAUGUAGCCAGCCUGCAAGAACUUGGUGGCUCUGAGAAGCUGCUGAGGGUCUGCCUGAACCUGCCCUACUUCCUGCGCUACAUCAACCGCUUCCAGGACGCGGUGUCGGCCAACUCCUUCUUCAUCAUGCCAGCCACGGUGGCUGAUGCCACCGCGGUGCGCAACGGGUUUCAUUCGCUGGUCAUCGAUGUGACCAUGGCCCUGGAUACUCUGUCCCUGCCUGUGCUGGAGCCUCUGACACCCACACGUCUCCAGGAUGUCACUGUGCUUGCUCUCAGCUGUCUCUAUGCAGGUGUGAGUGUGGCCACCUGCAUGGCCAUCCUGCACGUGGGGAGCACUCAGCAGGUACGAACUGGCUCCACAAGUUCCAAAGAAGAAGAUUAUGAAAAUGAUGCUGCUACUAUUGUACAAAAAUGUCUUGAAAUCUACGAAAUGAUUGGACAAGCCAUCAGCAAUUCACGCCGGGCAGGGGGUGAGCAUUAUCAGAACUUCCAGCUGCUGGGGGCUUGGUGUCUGCUGAACAGCCUCUUCCUCAUCUUGAACCUCAGCCCCACGGCCUUGGCUGAUAAGGGGAAGGAGAAGGAUCCCUUGGCCGCCCUUCGAGUCCGAGACAUCAUCGCUCGCACCAAGGAGGGCGUCGGGUCUCCCAAGCUGGGGCCUGGGAAAGGGCAUCAAGGCUUUGGUGUUCUGUCAGUGGUGCUAGCCAACCACGCUAUCAAACUGCUGUCCUCCCUCUUUCAAGACCUGCAAGUGGAGGCGUUGCACAAGGGCUGGGAGAGUGAUGGUCCACCAGCAGUGCUGGAUAUCAUGGCUCAGAGCACCUCCAUCCAGAGGAUUCAGCGCCUGAUCGAUUCUGUCCCACUCACCAACCUGCUGCUGACUUUGCUGUCUACAUCCUACAGGAAGGCUUGUGUCUUGCAGCGCCAGAGGAAGGGCUCCAUGAGCAGCGACGCGAGUGCCUCCACCGACUCCAACACCUACUAUGAGGAUGACUUCAGCAGCACUGAGGAGGACAGCAGCCAAGAUGACGACAGUGAACCAAUCCUUGGGCAAUGGUUCGAAGAGACAAUCUCUCCAAGCAAAGAAAAAGUGGCCCCACCACCACCUCCUCCACCACCCCCUUUGGAGAGCUCCCCUAGAGUGAAAAGCCCCAACAAACAGAGCACUGGAGAGAACGGCAACAUCCUGGCCAGCCGCAAAGACCCGGAGCUGUUUUUGAGCCUGGCUUCCAACAUUCUGAACUUCCUCACUUCCUCCAUGCUGAACUCCAGGAACAACUUCAUUCGCAACUACCUGAGCGUCUCUCUCUCGGAGCAGCACAUGGCUACGCUGGCCAGCAUCAUCAAAGAGGUGGAUAAGGAUGGCCUGAAGGGUACAUCAGAUGAGGAGUUUGCUGCUGCGCUCUACCACUUCAACCAUUCCUUGGUGACCUCAGAUCUUCAGUCUCCUGCUUUGCAGAACACACUUCUUCAGCAGCUGGGAGUUGCUCCUUUCUCUGAAGGUCCCUGGCCUCUCUACAUCCAUCCCCAGAGUCUGUCAGUGCUCUCAAGACUUCUCCUGAUUUGGCAGCAUAAAGCCAGUGCCCAGGGGGAUCCUGAUGUUCCAGAAUGCCUUAAAGUGUGGGAAAGGUUCGUGGGCACGCUGAAGCAGAACGCCCUGCAGGGGACUCUUCCCAGCGACACAGAGGACCUGAAUGUGGAGCACCUCCAGCUGCUGCUGCUCAUCUGCCACAACUUCUCAGAGAGGGGCCGCAGGUCUGUGCUGCUGCUCUGCAUCCAGACCAUUGUGGAGCUGACAGGCAGCAUGGAGACGCAGCAGGCCGCCGUGCCGCUCGUCGUGGCGCGGCUGCUCCUGGUGUUCGACUACCUGCUCCAUCAGUAUGCCAAGGCUCCUGUGUACCUCUUUGAGCAGGUGCAAUAUAAUUUGCUGACUCCCCCCAUUGGCUGGGUGAGUGGAUCCCAGGACAGCAGCAGAAGAACAUCUGUCCCUCUUUAUCAUGGCUUUAAGGAGGUGGAAGAAAACUGGACCAAACACUGCUCCUCAGAUGCAGCUCCACAGCCCAGGUUCUACUGCAUCCUGUCUCCAGAAGCUUCUGAGGAUGAUCUGAACCGCCUGGAUAGCACGGUUUGUGAGGUCCUUUUCUCCAGGACUAUGAAGUAUGAUGAGCUGUACACAGCCCUGACUUCACUGCUUGCAGCUGGCUCACAGUUUGAUACACUCAGGAGGAAAGAGAACAAAAAUGUCACUGCCCUGGAAGCCUGUGCACUUCAGUACUACUUCUUGAUACUGUGGAGGAUUCUGGGCAUUUUGCCUCCUUCCAAAAACUACAUGAAUCAGCUGGCUACCAACACACCAGAGAUGAGUGAAUGUGACAUUCUGCACACCUUGCGCUGGUCCUCUCGCCUCCGAAUCACCUCCUACGUCACCUGGAUCAAGGAUCACCUCAUCAAGCAGGGCAUGAAAGCUGACCAUGCUGCUUCCCUCACUGAGCUGGCCUCCAGCAAGUGCAGCUCGGUGAAGUACGACGUGGAGAUAGCCGAGGAAUACUUUGCUCGCCAGAUAUCUUCUUUCUGUGGUGUUGACUGCACAACUAUCCUCCAGCUGCACGAAGUUCCCAGUUUACAGUCCAUUUACACCCUCGAUGCUGCCAUCUCCAAGAUCCAGGUGUCUCUGGAUGAGCACUUUUCCAAGCUGGCUGCAGAAACUGACCCACACAAGUCUUCAGAGAUCACCAAGAACCUCCUGCCUGCUACUCUGCAGCUCAUUGACACUUAUGCUACAUUUACCAGGUCUUACUUGCUGCGGAGCCUCUCGGAGGAGGGCUCCCCUGAGAACAAGCCCUGCGAGGAGAAGCUGCGGGGCUACGCUGCCGUCCUGGCCAUCGGGUCCAGCCGCUGCAAGUCUAACACUCUAGGUCCAACCCUCGUUCAGAACUUGCCGUCGGCUGUGCAGACGCUGUGCGAAUCGUGGAACAACAUCCACACAAAUGAGUUUCCAAACAUUGGCUCGUGGCGCAACGCCUUUGCCAACGACACCAUCCCCGCCGAGAGCUACAUCAGCGCCGUUCAGGCUGCCCACCUCGGUACCCUCUGCAGCCAAAGCCUACCUCUUGCAGCUUCCCUCAAGCACACCCUCCUCUCUCUGGUCAGACUCACUGGGGAUCUCAUUGUGUGGUCCGACGAUUUGAACCCACCGCAGGUGAUCCACUCCCUGUUGCCCCUCCUUUUGGAGACCAGCACAGAGAGUGUGGCAGAAAUAAGCAGCAACUCCCUGGAGAGGAUUUUGGGCCCUGCAGAGUCUGAUGAAUUCCUGGCACGUGUUUAUGAGAAGCUGAUCACAGGCUGCUAUAACAUCCUGGCCCACCACUCGGAUCCGAACAGUGGCCUGGAUGAGUCCAUCUUGGAGGAGUGCUUGCAGCACCUGGAGAAGCAGCUGGAGAGCAGCCAGGCCCGGAAAGCCAUGGAGGAAUUCUUCUCAGAAAGUGGAGAGCUGGUCCAGAUCAUGAUGGCAACAGCCAAUGAAAGCCUGUCAGCCAAGUUCUGCAACAGGGUGCUCAAGUUCUUCACCAAGCUCUUCCAGCUGACUGAGAAGAGUCCCAACCCCAGCCUCCUGCGCCUUUGUGGCUCUCUGGCUCAGCUGGCCUGCGUGGAGCCUGCUCGCCUCCAGGCCUGGUUAACCAGGAUGACCAUGGCCCCCCCCAAAGAUUCAGACCAGCUGGAGGUGGUGCAGGAGAACAGGCAGCUGCUGCAGCUCCUCACCACCUACAUCGUUCGGGAGAACAGCCAAGUUGGAGAAGGGGUCUGCACGGUCCUGCUGAGCACCCUGAUACCCAUGGCAACUGAAAUGCUGGCCAACGGGGAUGGCACAGGCUUUCCUGAGCUGAUGGUGGUGAUGGCAACGUUGGCCAGUGCAGGACAAGGUGCAGGACACCUCCAGCUCCAUGGUGCUGCUGUUGACUGGCUAGGCAGAUGCAAGAAAUACCUGUCCCAGAAGAAUGUGGUGGAGAAGAUGAAUGCCAAUGUGAUGCAAGGCAAGCAUGUGACUAUCCUGGAGUGCACGUGCCACAUUGUCUCCUACCUGGCUGAUGUCACUAAUGCCCUGGGCCAGAGCAGUGGGCAAGGACCAAGCCACCUUUCUGUGGAUGGGGAGGAGCGAGCCAUCGAGGUGGAUUCGGACUGGGUGGAGGAGCUGGCAGUGGAGGAGGAGGACUCUCAGGCUGAAGAUUCGGAUGAAGAUUCUCUUUGUAACAAACUCUGUACCUUCACCAUCACACAGAAGGAGUUCAUGAAUCAGCACUGGUAUCACUGCCACACCUGCAAGAUGGUCGACGGGGUUGGCGUCUGCACAGUCUGCGCGAAAGUUUGUCACAAGGACCACGAGAUCUCUUAUGCCAAAUAUGGAUCAUUCUUCUGUGACUGUGGAGCCAAGGAAGAUGGCAGUUGCCUGGCUUUGGUGAAGAGAACUCCCAGCAGUGGUAUGAGCUCUACCAUGAAAGAAUCUGCCUUCCAGAGCGAGCCCAGGGUGCCUGAGAGUGUCAUUAGGCAUGCAAGCACCUCUCCUGCAGAGAAAGCCAAGGUCACCAUCAGUGAGGGGAAGGGCCCUGAUGAAGAAAAGCCCAAGAAGAGCAGCCUGUGCCGAAACGUCGAGGGGUGUCGAGAGGAGCUGCAGUCCCAGGCCAACUUCUCCUUUGCCCCUUUGGUGCUGGAGAUGCUGAAUUUCCUGAUGGAUGCCAUUCAGAUCAACUUCCAGCAAGCUUCAGCCAUGGGCAGCAGCAGCCGGGCGCAGCAAGCUCUCAACGAGCUGCACACCUUGGACAAGUCGGUGGAGAUGACAGACCAGCUGAUGGUGCCAACGCUGGGCUCCCAGGAGGGUGCCUUCGAGAACGUCCGCAUGAACUACAGCGGCGACCAGGGCCAGACCAUCCGGCAGCUGAUCAGCGCCCACGUGCUGCGCAGGGUGGCCAUGUGUGUGCUCUCCUCCCCCCACGGCCGGCGCCAGCACCUGGCUGUCAGCCACGAGAAGGGCAAGAUCACAGUCCUCCAGCUCUCAGCACUGCUGAAGCAAGCAGACUCCAGCAAAAGGAAGCUGACCCUCACUCGCCUUGCAUCUGCACCUGUCCCCUUUACAGUGCUGAGCCUGACUGGAAAUCCCUGCAAGGAGGACUACCUGGCUGUGUGUGGGCUCAAAGACUGCCACGUGUUAACCUUCAGCAGCUCUGGCUCAGUCUCUGAUCAUUUGGUCCUUCAUCCCCAGCUAGCCACUGGCAACUUCAUCAUUAAAGCUGUGUGGCUGCCAGGAUCUCAAACAGAGCUUGCUAUUGUGACUGCAGACUUUGUGAAGAUUUAUGACCUCUCUGUGGAUGCCUUGAGUCCAACUUUCUACUUCCUUCUGCCAAGCUCCAAAAUCAGGGAUGUGACUUUCCUCUUCAAUGAGGAGGGGAAGAACAUCAUAGUGAUCAUGUCCUCUGCUGGCUACAUCUACACUCAGCUCAUGGAAGAGGCCAGCAGUGCCCAGCAUGGACCAUUCUAUGUCACCAACGUGCUUGAAGUCAACCAUGAGGACCUGAAGGACAGCAAUGGGCAGGUGGCAGGAGGUGGGGUCUCAGUGUAUUACUCCCACGUGCUGCAGAUGCUGUUCUUCAGUUACUGCCAGGGCAAGUCCUUUGCAGCCACCAUCAGCAGAGCCAGCCUGGAGGUGCAGCGACUGUUCCCCAUCAACAUCAAGAGCUCAAAUGGGGGCAGUAAGACCUCCCCAGCACUGUGCCAGUGGUCUGAGGUGAUGAACCAUCCUGGCUUGGUGUGCUGUGUGCAGCAGACCACGGGUGUCCCGCUGGUGGUGAUGGUGAAGCCAGACACCUUCCUCAUCCAGGAAAUAAAAACCUUGCCAGCCAAAGCAAAGAUUCAGGACAUGGUGGCCAUCCGCCACACAGCCUGCAACGAGCAGCAGAGGACCACCAUGAUCCUGCUGUGUGAAGAUGGCAGCCUGAGGAUCUACAUGGCCAAUGUAGAGAAUACAUCCUACUGGCUCCAGCCCUCUCUGCAGCCCAGCAGCGUCAUCAGCAUCAUGAAGCCAGUCCGAAAGCGCAAGGCAGCUGCCAUUACAACUCGCACCUCCAGCCAGGUGAACUUCCCUAUUGACUUCUUUGAGCACAACCAGCAGCUGACAGAUGUGGAGUUCGGAGGCAACGACCUGCUGCAGGUGUACAACGCUCAGCAGAUCAAGCACCGCCUCAAUUCCACCGGCAUGUACGUGGCCAACACAAAGCCUGGAGGUUUCACCAUUGAAGUGACAAACAACAACAGCACCAUGGUGAUGACAGGGAUGAGGAUCCAGAUUGGGACACAAGCCAUAGAGCGGGCUCCCUCCUACCUGGAGAUCUUCGGGCGCACCAUGCAGCUGAACAUGACCAGGGCUCGCUGGUUCGACUUCCCCUUCACCCGGGAGGAAGCCUUGCAGGCUGACAAGAAGCUGACCAUCUUCAUCGGAGCUUCUGUGGAUCCUGCUGGAGUCACCAUGAUGGAUUCCAUCAAAAUUUAUGGCAAAACCAAGGAGCAGUUUGGGUGGCCUGAUGAGCCCCCCGAGGACUUCCCCUCUGCCUCAGUCAGCAACGUUUGUCCCCCAAACCUGAACCAAGGCAACGGCACCGGGGACGCCGAGUCUGCCGCCCCCGCGGCUGCCAGCGGCACUGUCCUGGAGAGGCUAGUGGUGAGUUCUUUAGAAGCGCUGGAAAGCUGCUUUGCUGUAGGACCAGUCAACGAGAAGGAGAAGAAUAAGGUGGCAGCUCAGGAACUGGCCACUAUGCUGCUGUCCAUGCCAGCUCCUUCCAGUGUCCAGCAGCAGACCAAGAGCCUCCUGGCCAGCUUGCACACCAGCCGCUCUGCCUACCAUAACCACAAGGAUCAAGCAUUGCUAAGUAAAGCCAUUCAGUACUUGAGUUCCUCAACCAAAGAAGGAAAGGACCUUGAUCCUGAAGUGUUUCAGAGGCUGGUCAUCACUGCUAGAUCCAUUGCUAUUAUGAGACCCAACAAUCUGGUCCACUACACAGAAUCAAAGCUGCCACAGCUGGAAGCAGAGGGUGAAGAAGGGCAGGAUGCCCAGAAGCACACUGAAGGAGAUGGCUGCACCUUCAUUACCCAGCUGGUUAACCACUUCUGGAAGCUGCAUGCAUCCAAGCCCAAGAAUGCCUUCCUUGCCCCUGCCUGCCUGCCAGGUCUCACUCAUGUUGAAGCCACAGUCAAUGCUUUGGUGGAUAUUAUCCAUGGAUACUGCACCUGUGAGCUGGACUGUAUCCAUACAGCAUCCAAGAUCUACAUGCAGAUGUUGCUGUGCCCGGAUCCUGCAGUGAGCUUUUCUUGCAAGCAAGCUUUGAUCAGAGUGCUGAGACCGAGGAACAAGCGGAGACACGUCACCUUGCCAUCCUCCCCACGCAGCAACACUCCUAUGGGAGAUAAGGAUGAUGAUGAUGAUGAUGAUGCAGAAGACAAGCUGCAGAGCUCUGGGAUAGCGAACGGGGAGCACAUCCGGCAGGAGAGCCAGGAGCAAAGCGAAGUUGAUCAUGGGGACUUUGAGAUGGUGUCUGAAUCCAUGGUCCUGGAGACUUCUGAAAAUGUGAAUAAUGGGAACCCUUCUCCUCUGGAGGCUCUUCUGGCUGGAGCAGAGGGAUUCCCUCCUAUGCUGGAUAUUCCACCAGAUGCAGAUGAUGAAACAAUGGUGGAACUGGCUAUUGCCUUGAGCCUGCAACAGGAUCAGCAAGGGAGCAGCAGCAGUGCCCUUGGGCUCCAGAGCUUAGGGCUGUCUGGCCAAGCACCCAGCUCCUCUUCCCUUGAUGCUGGCACGCUCUCGGAUACGACAGCAUCAGCUCCAGCCUCUGACGACGAGGGCAGCACCGCCGCCACCGACGGCUCCACCCUCCGCACCUCCCCGGCGGAGCACGGGGGCAGCGUGGGCUCCGAGAGCGGCGGCAGCGCGGUGGACUCGGUCGCCGGGGAGCACAGCGUGUCUGGCCGCAGCAGUGCCUAUGGGGACACGGCAGCUGAGGGCCACCCCGCUGGACCAGGCAGCGUCAGCUCCAGCACAGGCGCCAUCAGCACUACCACAGGCCAGCAAGAGGGAGAUGGUUCAGAAGGGGAAGGAGAAGCAGAGGGAGAUGUCCACACCAGCAACAGGCUGCACAUGGUCCGACUGAUGUUGCUGGAGAGGCUGCUGCAGAACCUACCCCAGCUGAGGAAUGUGGGAGGAGUCAGAGCCAUCCCUUACAUGCAGGUUAUUCUGAUGCUUACCACAGACCUGGAUGGAGAUGAUGAGAAAGAUAAGGGAGCUUUAGAUAACCUUCUCUCCCAGCUGAUUGCAGAGCUGUGCAUGGACAAAAAGGACGUGUCGAAGAAAAACGAACGCUCUCCAGUCAAUGAAGUGCACUUGGUGGUCAUGAGGCUGCUCAGUGUGUUCAUGUCCAGAACCAAAUCAGGAUCCAAGUCUUCCAUUUGUGAGUCUUCCUCCCUCAUCUCUAGUGCCACCGCUGCUGCGUUGCUGAGCUCUGGUGCUGUUGACUACUGUCUGCAUGUGCUGAAGUCCUUGCUAGAGUACUGGAAAAGCCAGCAGAAUGAUGAGGAGCCUGUAGCCACCAGCCAGCUCCUGAAACCUCACACUACUUCAUCUCCACCUGACAUGAGCCCUUUCUUCCUCCGCCAGUACGUGAAGGGUCAUGCUGCAGAUGUGUUUGAGGCCUACACUCAGCUCCUGACAGAGAUGGUACUGAGGCUGCCUUACCAGAUCAAGAAGAUUGCAGACACAAACUCCCGCAUCCCACCUCCCAUCUUCGAUCACUCCUGGUUCUACUUCUUGUCUGAGUACCUGAUGAUCCAGCAGACGCCCUUCGUGCGCCGCCAAGUCCGCAAGCUGCUGCUCUUCAUCUGCGGCUCCAAGGACAAAUACAGGCAGCUGCGCGACCUCCACACCCUGGACUCCCACGUCCGCGGCAUCAAGAAGCUGCUGGAGGAGCAAGGCAUCUUCCUGCGUGCCAGCGUGGUCACGGCCAGCUCGGGCUCUGCCCUGCAGUACGACACCUUGAUCAGCCUGAUGGAGCAUCUAAAGGCCUGUGCAGAGAUUGCCACCCAGAGGACAGUCAACUGGCAGAAGUUCUGCAUCAAGGAUGACUCUGUUCUGUAUUUCCUCCUCCAAGUCAGCUUCCUGGUGGAUGAAGGGGUGUCCCCUGUCCUCCUGCAGCUGCUCUCUUGUGCUCUGUGUGGCAGUAAAGUGCUGUCUGUGGCUUCCUCCUCUGGAUCAUCAAGCACCUCUUCCACCUCUGCUCCUGCAGCAUCAGGCUCUGGGCAGCCAACCACACAGAGCAAAUCCUCCACCAAAAAGAGCAAGAAGGAGGAGAAGGAAAAGGAGAGAGAGGGUGAGAGCCUGGGCAGCCAGGAGGAUCAGCUGUGUACAGCUCUGGUGAACCAGCUGAACAAGUUUGCUGACAAGGAGACCCUCAUUCAGUUCCUGCGUUGCUUCCUGCUGGAGUCCAACUCCUCCUCUGUCCGGUGGCAGGCUCACUGCCUGGCACUCCACAUCUACAGGAACUCCAACAAGUCUCAGCAGGAAUUGCUCUUGGAUCUGAUGUGGUCAAUCUGGCCAGAGCUUCCAGCCUAUGGAAGGAAGGCUGCUCAGUUUGUAGAUCUCCUGGGAUACUUCUCUCUGAAAACCCAGCAGACUGAGAAGAAGUUGAAGGAGUACUCCCAGAAGGCUGUGGAGAUCCUCAGGACCCAGAACCACAUUCUCACCAACCACCCCAACUCCAACAUUUACAACACAUUGUCUGGACUGGUGGAAUUUGAUGGCUAUUACCUAGAGAGUGAUCCUUGCCUGGUCUGCAACAACCCAGAGGUGCCCUUCUGUUACAUCAAGCUCUCCUCCAUUAAAGUGGACACACGGUACACCACCACCCAGCAAGUGGUGAAGCUCAUUGGCAGCCACACCAUCAGCAAGGUGACAGUGAAGAUAGGAGACCUGAAACGAACCAAAAUGGUCAGAACCAUCAACCUUUACUACAACAACAGGACAGUGCAAGCCAUAGUGGAGCUGAAAAACAAGCCAGCUCGUUGGCACAAAGCUAAGAAAGUCCAGCUGACCCCAGGCCAGACAGAGGUGAAGAUUGACCUGCCCCUGCCCAUAGUGGCCUCCAACCUGAUGAUUGAGUUUGCAGAUUUCUAUGAGAACUACCAAGCCUCCACCGAGACCCUGCAGUGCCCUCGCUGCAGCGCCUCCGUCCCGGCCAACCCCGGCGUCUGUGGCAACUGCGGGGAGAACGUCUACCAGUGCCACAAGUGCAGGUCCAUCAAUUAUGAUGAGAAGGAUCCUUUCCUGUGCAAUGCCUGUGGCUUCUGCAAGUACGCUCGCUUCGACUUCAUGCUCUACGCCAAGCCCUGCUGCGCCGUGGACCCCAUCGAGAACGAGGAGGAUCGCAAGAAGGCAGUAACAAACAUCAACACCCUCCUGGACAAGGCUGACAGAGUGUACCACCAGCUCAUGGGACACCGACCACAGCUGGAAAACCUCCUGUGUAAAGUGAAUGAGGCAGCUCCUGAGAAGCCACAGGAUGAAUCUGGUAGUGGUGGAGGGAUCAGUUCUACCUCAGCCAGUGUGAAUAGAUACAUUCUCCAGUUAGCCCAGGAGUACUGUGGAGACUGCAAGAACUCUUUUGAUGAGCUUUCCAAAAUCAUCCAGAAAGUGUUUGCCUCUCGGAAGGAGCUCCUGGAGUACGACCUCCAGCAGAGAGAGGCAGCCACCAAGUCCUCCCGCACCACCGUCCAGCCUACCUUCACCGCCAGCCAGUAUCGUGCCUUGUCUGUGCUGGGCUGUGGCCACACCUCAUCCACUAAAUGCUAUGGCUGUGCCUCAGCUGUCACUGAGCACUGCAUCACCUUGCUGCGAGCCCUGGCCACCAACUCUGCCAUCAGGCACAUCCUGGUGUCCCAGGGCCUCAUCCGAGAGCUCUUUGACUACAACCUGCGGCGGGGCGCGGCCAGCAUGCGGGAGGAGGUCCGGCAGCUCAUGUGCCUUCUGACCAGGGACAAUCCAGAGGCCACACAGCAAAUGAAUGACUUGAUCAUUGGGAAGGUGUCUGCAGCUCUGAAGGGCCACUGGGCAAAUCCAGACCUGGCCAGCAGCCUCCAGUAUGAAAUGCUGCUGCUGACAGAUUCCAUCUCCAAGGAAGACAGCUGCUGGGAGCUCAGGCUGCGCUGUGCCCUCAGCCUCUUCCUGAUGGCAGUGAACAUUAAGACUCCAGUGGUAGUUGAAAACAUCACCCUCAUGUGCCUGCGCAUUCUCCAGAAGCUGAUCAAGCCACCUGCUCCAACCAGCAAGAAAAACAAGGAUGUGCCUCUGGAUGCUCUCACCACUGUGAAGCCUUACAGCAAUGAAAUCCAUGCACAGGCUCAGCUGUGGCUCAAGAGGGACCCCAAAGCAUCAUAUGAAGCCUGGAAGAAGUGCCUCCCUGCCAGAGGUAUAGAUGCCAGUGGGAAAUCCCUCAGCAAAGCUGAGAUUCACCAGCUCUACUUGUCAGAGAAGUAUGUGUGGAAGUGGAAGCAGUUCCUGAGUCGCCGUGGGAAGAGGACUUGCCCCCUGGACCUCAAGCUGGGGCACAACAAUUGGCUGCGCCAGGUGCUCUUCACUCCUGCCACUCAAGCUGCGAGGCAAGCUGCCUGUACCAUCGUGGAAGCUCUGACUACCAUCCCCAGCCGCAAGCAGCAGGUCCUUGAUCUCCUGACGAGCUACCUGGAUGAGCUGAGCAUUGCUGGGGAGUGUGCUGCAGAGUACCUGGCCCUCUAUCAGAAGCUCAUCAAACCAGCCCACUGGAAGGUCUACCUGGCAGCCCGGGGGGUUCUGCCCUAUAUUGGCAGCCUCAUCACCAAGGAAAUAGCUCGUUUGCUUGCCUUGGAGGAAGCCACACUCAGCACUGACCUGCAGCAGGGAUAUGCCUUGAAGAGCCUCACAGGUCUCCUCUCUUCCUUCGUGGAGGUGGAGUCCAUCAAGAGGCACUUCAAAAGCCGCCUGGUGGGCACCGUCCUGAAUGGUUACCUGUGCCUGAGGAAGCUGGUGGUACAGAGGACAAAGCUGAUUGAUGAGACCCAGGACAUGCUGCUGGAGAUGCUGGAGGAUAUGACCACAGGCACAGAGUCUGAAACCAAAGCCUUCAUGGCAGUGUGUAUAGAGACUGCAAAACGUUACAGCCUUGAUGACUACAGGACUCCAGUCUUCAUCUUUGAGAGGCUCUGCAGCAUCAUCUACCCUGAGGAGAAUGAAGUGACUGAGUUCUUUGUAACUCUGGAGAAAGAUCCCCAGCAGGAGGACUUCUUGCAGGGCAGGAUGCCAGGGAAUCCCUACAGCAGUAAUGAGCCUGGCAUUGGGCCACUCAUGAGGGACAUCAAGAACAAGAUCUGUCAGGACUGUGACCUGGUAGCUCUGCUGGAGGAUGACAGUGGCAUGGAGCUUUUGGUGAACAAUAAGAUCAUCAGUUUGGAUCUGCCUGUGGCUGAGGUCUACAAGAAGGUGUGGUGUCCCACUAAUGAGGGGGAGCCCAUGAGGAUCAUCUACCGCAUGCGAGGGCUGCUGGGAGAUGCCACCGAGGAGUUCAUCGAGUCCCUGGACUCCACCACUGAUGAAGAGGAGGAUGAGGAAGAAGUUUACAAGAUGGCAGGUGUCAUGGCCCAGUGUGGAGGCUUGGAGUGCAUGCUCAACAGGCUGACUGGGAUCAAGGACUUCAAGCAAGGCCGGCACCUCUUAACGGUGCUGCUGAAACUGUUCAGUUACUGUGUGAAGGUGAAGAUCAAUCGCCAGCAGCUGGUCAAGCCGGAGAUGAACACUUUGAACGUCAUGCUGGGAACCCUUAACUUGGCUCUGGUGGCUGAGCAGGAAAGUAAGGACAGUGGAGGAGCAGCAGUGGCAGAACAAGUGCUCAGUAUCAUGGAGAUCAUACUGGAUGAGUCCAAUGCAGAACCUCUGAGCGAGGACAAGGGUAACCUCCUCCUAACUGGUGACAAGGACCAGCUGGUGAUGCUGCUGGAUCAGAUCAACAGCACCUUUGUGCGCUCCAACCUCAGCGUCCUGCAGGGCCUGCUGCGUAUCAUCCCCUACCUGUCCUUCGGGGAGCUGGAGAAGAUGCAGAUCCUGGUGGAUCGCUUCAAGCCCUACUGUAACUUUGAUAAGUACGACGAGGAGCACAGUGGAGAUGAUAAAGUCUUCCUGGACUGCUUCUGUAAAAUAGCAGCAGGGAUAAAGAACAACAGCAAUGGCCAUCAGCUGAAAGAUCUCAUCCUCCAGAAGGGGAUUACACAGAAUGCCCUGGACUACAUGAAAAAGCACAUUCCCAGUGCAAAGAAUUUGGAUGCAGACAUAUGGAAGAAAUUCUUAUCCCGACCGGCGCUGCCUUUCAUCCUGCGCCUGCUCCGAGGGCUUGCCACGCAGCACCCUGCCACACAGGUGCUGAUAGGCACAGACUCCAUCACCAACCUGCACAAACUGGAGCAGGUGUCCAGUGAUGAAGGGAUUGGGACGCUGGCAGAGAAUCUUCUGGAGGCCCUGAGGGAACAUCCGGAGGUGAACAAGAAGAUCGACGCCGCCCGCAAGGAGACCCGGGCGGAGAAGAAGCGAAUGGCCAUGGCCAUGAGGCAGAAGGCCUUGGGCACUCUGGGCAUGACGACAAACGAGAAGGGUCAGGUAGUGACCAAGACUGCGCUGCUCAAACAGAUGGAGGAGCUGAUAGAAGAGCCAGGGCUGACCUGCUGCAUCUGCCGGGAAGGAUACAAGUUUCAGCCCACCAAAGUGCUGGGGAUUUACACCUUCACCAAGCGUGUUGCCCUGGAGGAGUUUGAGAACAAGCCCCGCAAGCAGCAGGGCUACAGCACCGUCUCCCACUUCAACAUUGUCCACUAUGAUUGUCACCUUGCAGCUGUCAGACUGGCUCGCGGCCGUGAGGAAUGGGAGAGUGCAGCCCUGCAGAACGCCAACACCAAGUGCAAUGGGCUCCUGCCAGUCUGGGGACCUCAUGUGCCAGAGUCUGCUUUUGCUACUUGCUUAGCAAGGCACAACACAUACCUCCAGGAGUGCACAGGACAGAGGGAACCUACCUACCAGCUGAAUGUCCACGACAUCAAACUGCUCUUCCUCCGCUUUGCCAUGGAGCAGUCGUUCAGCGUCGACACUGGAGGAGGAGGAAGGGAGAGCAACAUCCACCUCAUCCCAUACAUCAUCCACACGGUGCUCUACGUCCUCAACACCACUCGAGCCACGUCGAGGGAGGAGAAGAACCUCCAGAGCUUCAUGGAGCACCCCAAGGAGAAGUGGGUGGAGAGUGCCUACGAGGUGGAUGGGCCCCAUUACUACACCGUGCUGGCACUGCACAUCUCUCCCCCUGAGAAGUGGAAAGCCAUGAGAGUGGAGGUCCUCAAGAGGCUCCUCGUCACCUCCCACGCGCGAGUGGUGUCGCCAGGGGGAGCCAGCAGACUGGCAGAUAAGGCGGUGAAGGAUUACGCCACGUACCGCUCUGGCCUUCUCUUCUGGGCCCUGGUAGAUCUCAUUUACAACAUGUUCAAGAAGGUGCCUACCAGCAACACUGAGGGGGGCUGGUCCUACUCUCUGGCCGAGUUCAUCCGCCACAACGACAUGCCGAUCCACGAGGCCGCCGACAGGGCCCUGAAAACCUUCCAGGAGGAGUUCAUGCCAGUGGAAACCUUUGCUGAGUUCCUGGAUGUUGCUGGCCUCUUAUCAGAGAUCAACGAUCCUGACAGCUUCCUCAAGGACCUUCUGAACUCCAUCCCCUGAGCCACCAGCACAAGGGAGCACUGGGCAGAGACUACAACUGCUUUGCCUUCCCCCCUCCCCCCUCCUUUGUGUUCCUCCUUGUGCAGUCUGUCCCUUCCCUGAGGAGUGCUGCA